AUGAACACCCUUGCCUUAAUUAUCCUGGCCAGUCUGGCGACAGGCGCUUAUUCCAUAGCUAUUGAAGCGCCGAUCGACUUCUAUAAACUCUACGAUAAUCCAGAGGCUCAUAUCAGCAUAAAAAAUAAAUUGACAACGGCCGAUCGCACAGCCUUACAUGGCUAUCCGUCUGAGCAUCAUCACAUCACCACCAAGGAUGGUUAUGUCUUGGGUGUAUUCAGGAUUCCAUAUUCCCACAACUUGCAGAAUCAAAACAAAAAGCGACCCAUAGUGCUUCUUCAACACGGUUUGACGAGCUGCUCUGAUGCCUGGAUUCUGCAAGGACCCAACGAUAGUCUUCCCUACUUGCUAGCCGAUGCUGGAUACGAUGUGUGGAUGGGAAAUGGACGUGGAACCUCCUACUCCAGGAAUCACACCAAGAUCUCCACGGAACAUCCAAAUUUCUGGAAAUUCAGUUGGCAUGAGAUUGCCAUUUACGAUAUUACCGCCAUCAUUGACUAUGCUUUGGACACGGAGAAUGGCAAGGGGCAGGAGGCCAUCCAUUAUGUAGGCCAUUCGCAGGGUACUACGGUUUUCUUUGCCGGAAUGUCUACGCUGCCGGAAUAUAACAAGAAGAUCAAGACCGCACACAUGUUCGCCCCGGUGGCCAUCAUGAAGAACUUGGCUAACUCCUUUGUGCGUUCCGUGGCUCGUUAUUUGGGCAACGGAGGUAUCUCUGACACGCUCUUCGGCUCCCAGGAAUUCCUGCCGCACAAUGAGUUUGUGAUGGCUCUGUUCUUCAAUCUCUGCCAGCCGGACUUUAUGCUGCGUCCAGUGUGCGAGGGCGCCAUGGAGGCUCUUUACGAUGGCGGUCGUGUCAAUAUGACGGCAAUGCCCGAUGCUAUGGCCACUCAUCCGGCAGGCUGUUCCACCGAUCAGAUGCUGCACUAUCUGCAAGAGCAUCAUUCUGGCUACUUCCGACAGUUUGAUCAUGGAAUUAAGAAGAAUUUGGAGCUCUAUGGCACCGAAGAGCCGCCAGAGUAUCCCGUGGAGCUAAUCACCUCCGAAGUGCACAUGUGGUACUCGGACAACGAUAACUUGGCCGCCGUGGAGGAUGUGGAGCAGUUGGCCAAGCGGCUGCCCAACAAGGAGAUGCACCACAUGGAAGAUAAAGAGUGGAACCACGGAGACUAUGCCCUUAACCAUGAGGUCCGAGUGUAUGUGAACGAACCUGUGAUCGCCAUCAUGGAGGCGUACGAGUUGAAGAACAGUGGAAUGUGA